ACCGUAGUCUGUGGUAACAAAGUUCAUGUGGAAACUAGAAACUUGAAGUGGAAACAAAUUUCAAAGCCAGAAAAGCAGCAAAAAUUUUGUUUUGUUUUGUUAUCAAAUUAUAGUGGUUACACAAUAGAUUGCUAGAAAAACAAUUAAAACUUUUUGCAAUUUUUGUACAAUAUUAGUUUUUUUUAAACAAAUGAAUGCUGGAGGAAACCUAAUACUUCUUGGUAUCAUUGGUAUUAUUAAAAAAAUUCUAGUUUUGGUAAAAUACAAAGAAAACUUUAACUCAUUCUUUUAGAGAAUCUAUACGUACUAAAUUUUAAAACAACAACCAUAAAGAUGUAUUUAGGGGACGAAUUUCCAAACUUCACAGCGAAUACAACUGCAGGAAAGAUUGAUUUCCACGAUUGGAUAGGACAGUCAUGGGCUAUCCUGUUUUCUCACCCUUCGGACUUUACACCUGUCUGCACAACAGAGCUGGCUCGUGUUGUCAAGCUAAUGCCAGAGUUUAAAAAGCGCAAUGUGAAAGUCAUUGGAAUAUCUUGUGAUUCUCUUACGUCACAUUUCUUGUGGUGCAGGGACAUCAGAAGUUAUGCAGGCUGCACACUUGAUGAAUCAUUUCCAUAUCCAAUAAUUGAAGAUGAGGAUCGCAUAAUUGCCAAAACAUUGAACAUGUUAGAUAAAGAUGAGAUGGAUUCUAAAGGAAUGCCCUUAAGUGCUAGAGCUGUUUUUAUCAUUGAUCCGCAAAAGAAAUACAGGCUGUCUAUUCUGUAUCCUGCUACCACUGGAAGAAAUUUUGAUGAAAUUCUUCGCGUGAUAGACUCGCUGCAGUUGACUGACAAGCAUCGAGUAGCCACCCCUGUUGACUGGAAGAUGGGUGAUGAUUGUAUGGUGCUCCCAUCGGUGUCAGAGGAAGAACUGAAAAAAUCUUUCCCCCAAGUAAAGGUUGUCCAAGUUCCAUCCGGAAAACAAUAUCUGCGCAAGACGCCUUGUCCAAAAAUGUAACUUAUUUUUAAAAUUUAUUUUUAAUUGAACUUUAAGGUUCCUGUAAAUCAAUGAAAAUGAUAAUAAUAAGCAAAUUUAUUUUAGUAAUAAAAAUAAUUGUAAUAUA